AGCUUAACGGACAAGCGCUUAUUUGAGAUAUGGCUGUUUUGUCGUUGUUUGACCCCUUAAUACUAGAACAUAUCAACUGUUCUGAGUUGAUCAAGAAACAUGUGGUCCAUAUAAACUUUCAGAGUCCUAAAACGAUUCCGAAACUACGGCCUCUAUUAUCAUCUGAUUAUGAUUAUCUUGCUUUAUUAAAACAGUUAACCGUAGUUGGGAAGAUAGAACAGAGAGAAUUUGAUGAAAGAUUUUCUUUGAUGGCCUCUUGCUUGGAUACAUAUUUUAUUGUAGUUUUAGAAGAUGCUACAACAAGUAGAAUCAUUGGAGCAGCAACUCUCUUCAUAGAGUUAAAGUUCAUUCACCAAUGUUCGAAGCGUGGUCAUAUUGAGGAUGUUAUAGUCGAUUCAAGAUAUCGCGGGAUGAAUUUUGGAAGACUACUUGUUGAUACCCUGGUUCGUAUAGGAAAACAUAUGGGAUGUUAUAAAAUUUCACUUGAUUGUAGUAAUGAAAAAGUUGGAUUUUAUGAAAAAUUAGGUUUUCAAUGUAAAAAUAAUAUCAUGUAUAUACGAUUUGAUGAAGAUUAAAACUAAUGUGAACUUUUGUAUAAAAAGAAAUCCUGAAAACAAAAACAAAGUCUUUCAGAAUGUUGAAUAAUUUCCGGGAAAUGUUUUCAAGUUAAUAAUAAUAAUAAUGACACUUAUAAAAUUCAACUCUUCUGUUAUUUAAAAAGAGCACGGGUUCCUAUUGCCGGGAAAUUUCACUAGGAUAUAUAUCAAAACAAUUGUCUGUAAUGUUUGUGACAUAAUUCCCACUAUUUCAUGCACAUUAUUAUCACACAUUUCUGAUGACGAAUCCUCAUAUUAAACAUUAACAUCACACACACACACACUAUACACAAUUAGAUAGACAAAAAAAGUUUCUGUUUUUAAAAUAGAAUAAUGAAGAGAAAAACAAACAAUGUGUGUGCAACAAUUAAUUCUGUUGAUAUUCUAUUUUCAUUAUUUCUAUUUCGAAAAUUCAAUUGAACAUAUGAAUUAUAGCUAGCAGUGGAGUAUAAAUAUGGUUGGAGACUCUGGGUGACACGGCUGAGAAUCGAUCACAAUGGCGUCGCUGUAUACACUCUCUGUCUUCCCUUAAACUAAGAGAUUAAAAUCGCUUCAUAUCUUUCUUUCUACGAACUAAUUCUUUCUUCCUGUACUAUAUCCUUAUAUGCAAUCUUUCUUUUAUAUAUUACCACCUCUGAAUUAACUACUUUUAUGAAUCCGGUGUCCAUCUUGUUGUGUUAAUGAGGUAUGGCAACUUGGACCGAUGCAUAUAUGUGCCUGGUCCUACGUUGUAGCUGACUGACUGUGGAGUAUAAGUUACACUUUUUAUCCUAUUUAGGACUCUUCAGUUUGAUAUUUACCUUUAUUCCAGUGUUAAUGUUUAUAUUAGGACUUGAACUCAAUACCUUUCGCUUUAAAGGUCUUAGGUGUUAUUAAGUCAACUAUUGAAUUUAGAUAGUCACUAGUUAAAAUGUUAUUUCAAUAGAAGCAACUUUAACACAUGUUUAUGUAUUCUCUUAUCAGCUGUACUAAAUGUAUAUUGAAUUAAUGAAUAAAGAAAAUGAUU